AUGGAUACACACACGAAGGCGUUAUUAAAGGCUAUGUCCCCGGACAGCGUAAGAGAUCUGGUGAAGAGUGAAUUACAAACGUACGACGCGGACAAAACCGGAAGAACAGAUUACGCUCUCGGAAGUUCAGGUGGCGCAAUUCUCUCCACGAGGGACACGGAAACCUACUCUGCAGGUGCACCGGUGCUCAAACUAUUUGGAAUUCCGAUUUGCCAGCAACAAAACACGCCCCAAUCGAUCAUUCAGACUGGUGUUCUUCCGGGGGAAUGCUGGGCCUUCAAAGGCAGCUCUGGAAGCGUUGUUAUACAGUUACUUGGUUCUGUGGAUGUUUCUGGAGUCAGUCUCGAACACAUACCAGAAACUAUAUCACCUACAGGAGAAACUAGUACAGCCCCAAAAGAUUUUUCCAUUUGGAAGGAACCGAAGAAACCAUACGAAAUAGUCGAAUUAAAGAUUCACUCGAAUAGCGGUAACAACGAAUACACCUGCAUCUAUCGAAUACGGGUACACGGUACCCUGUGUCAGAACAAUAGAUAA